GACAGGAAACGGGAAGGAGAGGGGGGAAGACAUGCGGCAAAUGUUGUCGGGUUAAUCAGACUGGAUUAAAUCUGUUUUCCAGAUUGAAACUAUUUUCUCAGCUUGAGAAGUUGGAGGAAUAAAAUAAAAACAGAAACCAUUUUUAUCCAUAAAUAUGUUUGUUUUUCUGCUCAUUUAUUUCCAAUCAUAACUCAAUUUUAACCUGAAAGUAUAAAUUCCUCCAUCAUUAAGGCGCCCCGCUGUUCGUGGCGCCCGCCGCUCUCCACUCUGAUUGGUUGUCUGGACUCGGUGGGCGGGGCCUCCGGGGACAAUAGAGAGCGGCUCCAGGGAGGCUGAUCCGCGGGCAGACGGUGCCGGGAUCCGCGGUGUGAAGCUCCAGCUCCGGACCGGGACGGAAGACGCUGCUGCCGCCGCAGGAGGAGCCGCGGGGCGCCGCUGGGUGGACGGACUGCUGCAGCUGCGAUCAGGAACCUCCGUCUGCAGACCGACUUCCCGACCCGACGGCACAAUGAACCCGGCGCCGCCCGCCUCCCGCUCGCCCGCCUCCCGCUCGCCCGCCUCCCGCUCGCCCGCCGACGUCCUGGAGGAGCUGCAGCUGAUCGCGGCUCAGAACCUGGAGACUCUGGACAUCAGCCGGUACUACCAGGUGGUCCGAGAGCUGGGCAAGGGAACCUACGGGAAGGUGGACCUGGUCAUCCACAAGAUCCGAGGCACCAAGAUGGCGCUGAAGUUCCUGAGGAAGAAGAGCACCAAGCUGAAGAGCUUCCUGCGGGAGUACAGCGUGUCGCUCUACCUGUCGCCCUGCCCCUUCAUCAUCAACAUGUUCGGCAUCGCCUUCCAGACUGACGACUUCUACAUCUUCGCCCAGGAGUUCGCGCCGGCGGGGGAUCUGUUCGACAUCAUCCCGCCGCAGGUGGGACUCCCUGAGGCCGUGGCGAAGCGCUGCGUCCAGCAGGUGGCCAUCGCCCUGGACUACCUGCAUUGUAAGAAGCUGGUCCACCGGGACAUCAAACCGGAGAACAUCCUCAUCUUUGACACCGAGUGCAGAAAGGUCAAGCUGUCGGACUUCGGCAUGACGCGGCGCGCCGGCUCUCCGGUGAAGCGCGUCAGCGGCACCAUCCCGUACACGGCGCCGGAGCUGUGCGACGCGGCGCGUCAUGAUGGAUUCAGCGUGGACUUCAGCACAGACGUGUGGGCGUUCGGCGUGCUGCUGUUCUGCAUGCUGACGGGGAACUUCCCCUGGGAGAAGGCCAUGCCGAACAACGCCUUCUACGAAGAGUUCGUCCGCUGGCAGCGCCGCCGCUCCGGCGCCGCGCCGUCGCAGUGGCGCCGCUUCACGGAUGAAGCUCUGCGGAUGUUUCGCCGGCUGCUGUCCAUCGAGCAGCAGCGCCGCUGCGCCAUCAAAGAAGUCUUCAGCUACUUCAACCACAGCUGGAUGUUGGACACGGAGAACGGGAACGGUGGCGCGGCGACCGCCAACGCCGUGGACAUCAGCUCGUCUUCGUCGGAGGAGGACGCGCUGGUGGACAGGCUGAAGCAGCAGAGCCUGUCGCCCGGCUGCAUGGACGCCCACUUCGCCUCAAACGGCGAGCGAGUCAACAGGAACAGCAGCGACAGGAGGCGGAUCCUGGUGACCACGCCCAUCGAGAUCUGCGUGUAGAGACGCAGCGCCGCCUCCGAAGAUUUCCCCGACGUGAUGACGUCAUGACAGAAGAGCUGGAAUUAGGUUGGCACCGGAAAAUGGCCGCCAGCCUGUUGUCGCUUCAGCGCCGAUCCGACCCGACAGUUUCCGAUGACGGAGGAACCGGAAGAAAGUCAAACCGUGACGUUGGUUCAGUCCCGGAAGCAGCAAAACCCGGAACAUGGAAGAAACCAGGAAGCUGAGAGAGACGUGAUGAAAACUGUGACUCGUGUUUCUGUGACGUGAGUCUUUAUUGAUCAGAUUAAUAUAUUUAUGGAUUGUUUGUGACGGAAAAGAUCUGAAGUUUAUUUCCUUUAAGGGAAAUAAAAAUCUGUAAUUUAGUAGUAAAAUGGAGGCAGAAUCAUUCUGACGUUGUUUACCGUCUCAUGUUAAUCAACCACCAGUCCUCCCAGUUCGUCUCCCAGUUCGUCUCCCAGUUCGUCUCAGAACUUUUCUCAUUUUGGAGCUGAAAUGUGAAUUUCCAGUGAUAAAGUCUUAUUAAAAAGAAGAAAAGCAGAGAACAAUUUGGAUUUUUCUUUCCUGUUCACUAAAUCAAAGAUGAAAUUAUUUGUGCUUCCUGUGAGAAACUGGACAGGAAAUGAGGUUUGUUUAACCUCAUUUCCUGUCACGAAACACGUCGUUUUUCCGACGUGUUUCCGUGGAAAAACGUUUUUCCUUUUCGUUUCUGUGUUUCUUGCAUGAUGUCUCGUCUCUGUGGCAUUUCUGGAAAUAAAAACAGC